AUGCGGAAAGACGACCAAGUAGACUUCGCAUUGCUCGCCGACGUGAGCAGAUUCCUGGCGGCCUGCAACGCUACAGCCCCGUCAGUAGACCCGUAUCACAAAGCACCAGCGUCUGCCAGCGACGAUGGCUUGGUACUGGCCUCCCACCAGCUCCUUACCGAGACUGAGACGCUUCUCUCGUCCCUAGAGACCCCGCAAGAACAGGCAGCUCCAAACGCUCGCUGCCAUCGCCCUGACGAACGCAUGCGCAUCAUUGAGCACAAAGAAGCAGCCAGCACAGACCAAGUAUCGGCUGACCGAAGACGCGAGCAUCGUAACGUGCAGGCAGCCAAGCGCCGAUCGAAAUACCGACAGAAGCUUAAAGACGAGAAGAAGACGCUAGAACGAGAAGAAGUGGAGCUGUCGAGUAAGUUAAACAAGCUAAAAAGAGCCCAUGAGGAAGAGAAGAUGAGGUAUGUGGACACCAUCUCGUUGAGUGUGUGGAGAGCCAUAGCUACGAGGCAGAAGGAGAAGCGUCUUGAGGCUGAGAACACUCAGAGACAGCUGCGAGCUCAAGUGAUCGGACGAGCGAGGAUGAUCCACCAGUUGAAGGCGCUGCUGCAAUGUCCCUAUAUAGAGGACAGUAACAAGUUAUGUGGACAGGCCGACGGUGAUGGCUCUGUGCUGUUCAAGACUUUUGUUAGUGAGUUGGAUGCCAUAUACGCACAGACAGACCAGGUCUUGCGAGACGUCAAGUUUCAAAAAUCCCGUAAGUUGACGUUCAAACCGACGCGGACGACAAAACAGGGGGUAGAGCUGUUCGAGAGCGCACACUCGUCCGAAGUCCCGUUUAAGUACGAAGACACCAGUCGUGCUGUGUCUCUGAUCUUGAUGACAGACCCGGACGUAGCGCCAUAUACCCAACAGGCCCAAGAACCAAAGGGUACAGUCACAGUGAAAUACUACGUCAAGUGUUCAUUAGAGAGAGGCGAGGUCGCUAAGCUGAAGGUCUACGUAGCAGUGCGAAGAGUCAUUGAAGCUGAUCGUCUGGUCUUCGUGUGGCGUUCUCUUACAGAGGGUCAAGAGCAUCUAGCUGGAUACCAUACAGACGAAACGGGGUGGUUCGUUCUACGGCCACAAUUGAUAAACGACGUGUCGUCGACGGUGCUGGAGAACUACGUACGCUUCAUACCCAUGACUGUCGGUGAUACAGCAAGUAGCACAAUGGAUACGGAUCGAUUCGCGACGGUAGUUGCCAAGACCGGGGAGGAAGAAGUCAACGAGAUGAUGCAAAUGCUGGAGAAAAUGCUGCUUGGAGGCGACUGA